GGAGAAAGUGGAGAGAGAAAGCAGAGAGAGAGAGAAAGAGAGAAUGGAGUCUGUGUUUUCGUCGGACGAUCUGGAAGCGAUGUGGACGGCGGUGACUGCGGGGUCGUCGGCGGGAAUGAGUAGGAUAUCAUCGGAGUGGAUGUUGGAGAAGUUUCUUCUAGAAGCUUCUUCUUCUUCUCCUGCUUCUUCUACUUCUUGCCCGGUAUCUGCGGUGUCUCAGUGUCCGGCCCCCUAUGCUGACGUCACAGCGCCUUAUGCCGCCGCCGCCGCCGCCGCCGCCGCUCAAUCAUCGUCGUCGAAGUCGAGGCCGCGAGGUGAAGACGAUGAAGUCGUGGAGAUCAAGGUUCGUUCUCCGCCGUUGGAUCAGCCUCCGGAGAAUCCCGUUGAUCAUCAGGCGUUUCUCAGAAAACGUCUCGAUCUGGCGUGCGCUGCUGUUGCUCUCUCUCGGGAAUCUGGCGUAAAGCCUCAGGAAUCUGCUGUAAAGCCUCAGGAAUCUGCAUUUUCAAUGCAAACUCAAUCAAAGCCUUCUCAACUGGGGUCUCAAGCUGUUGCCACUGUAGACCCUGGACAUGUAUUCCCCAUCACACAAGAUAAGGUUGAAGGUGGGUCACUUGGCGUUCCAGCCUCAGCUACCUCUCAGAAUAAACCAGGGGCGCAGGUUAUAACAACAACCAGUGGAUCAUCAAGAGAACUAUCGGAUGAUGAUGAGCUUGAAGGAGAAACUGACACCACUGAUAAUAUGGAUCCUGCUGAUGAAAAGCGUGCUAGGAGGAUGCUAUCUAAUCGAGAGUCAGCUAGACGCUCCAGAAGAAGAAAGCAAGAACAUUUGAGUGAACUUGAAACACAGGUUUCACAAUUAGGGGUUGAAAACUCUUCAUUAUUGAAGCGUCUCACAGACGUUAAUCAAAAGUUCAAUGAAGCUGCUGUUGACAACAGAGUUUUAAAAGCUGAUGUUGAGACAUUGAGAACAAAGGUGAAGGAGAUGAUAUUUGAUCACAAAGCAAGCGAAGUCCAAUUUUCUAUAUUAGAAAUGUAAAAACACAUGUACAUGUUCGAAUUCUCGACGGAAGUUGAAUUCAUCCAUGGAGUCCAUCAGUCAUGAAAAAUGAUUUUACAAGAUGGAAAAAUAUCAUUUCGUGAAAUCUUAAAAAUUGAUCCUAGUCAUGCAAUGAAUGAUUUCAUUUCUAAUGCCAUGAAGAAUGAAAUUGAGUCAUUUGAAAUUUUUUUAGGGGGCAUCUGGCUAAUGGUUAGAUAGUUGCUUUGCUUUUGAUAAGUAUGCUAGGUGAGCCUUGGUUCUAAAGGUGUAGAAGUACCUGAGAUCUUGCAUUCUAUAGGUGAAGAAAUUGAGUCUUUUAAAAUUUAUUUAGUGAGCACCUGGUUAACAGAUUGUUAGAUAGCUACUUUAGUUUGUGAGGGUCUCAUUUUUGAUAACUAUGCUAUCCUUCAUAGUUUGUGAGGGCCUUGGUUCUUUGUGGUGGUUUGUGUGUAUUAGAUUCUUCUUUUUCUUCUUUUGGUUGCUUGUGCUCUUGAUUUGAGAUGACCCUUGGUGCUUAGGAGGGGAUUUUAACAUAGUCAGUUUCUAGGAAAAAGUGUCUAUCUCUAAAAUGAGACGAUUUUUAGAGAUCAUAAAAGAGUUGAACUUGAGGGAUCUUCCAUUAGCUUAAGGGCCAUUCACUUGGAGUGAAUUCUUAGUCUACUUCGAGGUUACAUCGGUUCCUAGUGUUAGAUGAUUGGGAUGAGACUUUUUUUGGCCUAGCUCAAAGUAUCUUACCUAAACCGAUCUUAGAUCACUACCCCAUUGUUCUAAAUGGAGGUGGGAUGAGAAACAACAAAAUUCCUUCUCAUUUGGAAAAUAUGUGGCUUAGAGUGGAAGGUUUCAAAGAUCCAACGAGGAGUUCGUGGUUGGGUUAUAACGUGAGUGGCUCUUAUAGUCAUAUGUUGGCAACAAAGCUAAAGGCCCUUAAACAAGAUCUAAAAAAGUGGAAUACUAAGUGUCUGUUUGGAUACACUUCUUGUUUUUUGUUUUUAAAAUCAUAAAACAAUUGUAAUUUUUAUAUAAA